UUUACCUGGAAUUUUUUAGAAUCCAUGGUUAUUGAUGAGAGGAUAAGAAAAUUGAUAAAUUCAUUGAGCGGAGGUGACGUCAGCACAGGCUCAUUACAAAGAGAAAACAUUCAAUUUCAAAGGGAAAAAUGGAUUUCAGCAGUCAAUGCACCUAGUUACUGAGGUUUAAAAACCUCAAAAGUGCCUUGUUUUCCUACUAGCCCACAUAACCUCAAAUUAUUCAGUCACCACCAUAUUUUGUCAAACGUUAAAUAUAAGACUCAGUAUUGUUAUUUAAAUAAUAUCCACGUACCUUCGCCACUUUGGGCAUUUUUUGCGGUUUCUCCAUAAUUAUUUUCCAAAACUUUCCCCUAAAAGCAAUGAAAAACGUCCCGUUUUCGUUGACAAACACCACUACACUCUCAACAACGAGCGCACCGCAACGAAUCACUGCGCAUUUCUCCACGCGCACAUGAGUCGCGCGCGUGUAUUCAAUUUUCCAUUCAAUGUAAAUGGGUGUGCGACGGGAAUUUCGACGCCUGCGUGUUAUCAGUGGUGACCAUGAACGCCAGUGGAUUUCCCUCAGGUCCCUAAUAUUUUUAUUUCCCAGUGAAAAAAAAUGUUCGAAUUGUAUGGAGUCAAUCGAGAGGGGACGAUUUACCAUUCGCCAACUGGACGACGCAAGCAGGUGGACAUUCUCGAGACAUGUCUUCAGCUAUCGUCGCCGGAGUUGAUGAGAAAAUUGCCGAAUGGAGGGACUCUGCACCAUUUCAAGGAGCGUAAUAUGUCCCCGACGAAGAACCUGGACAGAGGUUCUUUGGGCGGGGAGAGAAGGAGCGGCUGCAGGAAAUGGCUGGUGACCUGCGGAGUUCUACUCCUGGGGUGCGCUCUCAUCACUGCUGUGGGCUUGCCAAUAGCUCUGGAGCUGAGGGGCUCCCAUCUCCUGGAGGCACGGCUACAGGUCGUCAGGAGAAUUCUCUCGGAGACACCUCUCAUCGACGGCCACAACGAGUUUCUAUGGAACUUGCGGCAGAAUCGGGGUCUGCACCUGGACAACUUCCCCUUCGACGAAGAUCUGUCUCAAAAUACAACAUUGGGGCCCCACUGGCAGACUGACCUCGCGAGACUCCAUCAGGGUAACAUUGGUGCCCAGUUCUGGUCAGCUUAUGUUCCUUGUGAGGCGCAGUUCCUGGAUGCAGUGCAGCUGACUCUCGAGCAAAUUGACAUUGUCCGGAGAUUGAGUGCCAAGUAUCCGAAGAGAAUGAGAUUUGUCACUUCCAGCGAGGAGCUCAAACAGGCGCACAAGGAUGGGGUUCUCGCGAGUCUCUUUGGAAUCGAAGGGGGACACAGCAUUGGGGCUUCCAUGGCGGUUCUCAGGAGCUUUCAUCUGCUUGGAGCUAGAUACAUGACGCUGACACAUAAAUGCAGUACUCCCUGGGCUGAUUCCUCAUCCGCGGAGGAUCCGAGUGAGUACGCCCCAAUGGAUUUUCACAGUGAUGGGCUGUCUGCCUUUGGCAAAUCAGUCGUAAAGGAGUUAAAUCGAUUAGGAAUGCUGAUUGAUUUGUCCCACGUUUCUACUCGCACUAUGAGAGAUACCUUGGCCAUCAGCAAAGCACCGGUUAUAUUUUCCCACAGUGCUGCACGAGCACUCUGCAACUCUUCCAGCAAUGUUCCCGAUGACGUUCUCCGAAAUUUGUCAGUAAAUGGUGGUCUGGUCAUGAUCAGUUUUGACAGCGCCCAUCUCAGUUGCGGCAAUAGUGCAUCCAUGUACGAUAUUAUAGCGCACAUAAAUCACAUAAGGAAGAACGCAGGGGUAAAUCACGUGGGUCUGGGUGCUGGAUAUGAUGGAAUUAUGACCCCCCCGACGGAGCUCCCUGAUGUCUCCGGGUACCCUCUCCUCCUGGCCGAGUUGACUCGUGAUCGCAGGUGGUCAUCCACGGACAUUAAGAAACUCGUCGGGGGAAAUCUCAUUAGAGUGAUGAAGGAAGUCGAGGAUCAUGCCACAUCCAUCUCCAAUCAAUCACCCAACGAGGAGUGGAUACCUCAAGAAGUCAUCGAGGACACGUCGUACUGUCGGUACCACGAUGAGUGAGAUUAUCGUCAUUCAUUAUAAUUAGCAUUCCAUUGCGUCAUUCAUAUCGUACAUUUAUAUGAAACAAAUUUUUAUCAUCUGACAUCCCGUACACAAUCUGUAUAUAUCCAAUGGUACAACUUGUGAAUAUCUUGUGAUAUUUUCGGUUCAUGUCGCGAUUUGUGGCUUUUGCUCCGGCUCAGAAAUUCCGUGGGAGUUGAGUACAACAGAAUGUGUUGGGUUGGACCUUUUGGAGAGAGAGAAUUGAAUUCCAAAAGGGGAGAUUCGAAAAAAAACUCUUAAUUUUAUUGUUGGUCUAAACGAAAGUCGAAUCAUUUCGAUGGUGAGUGAGUCUAUGAGAUAAGGCCAAGAGAUUCUUCCUAUUGAGAAGUUAAUUCUACAGUAAACUAGUUCUCUCCAGUAUAUUCCUCCUUAUUCAUAAAUUGUCGACGAAUGUGUUGAUUAAUUUGUAAGAAAUUAUUUUUAUUAUUUGUCUGACAGUUUACAAAGUGUUUGAUUUGUGUUAAGAACAAUCAUUAGAUUAUUUUAUUGAAUUAUUAAAGUAACUAUUAGAUGAUGAUCCAGAGGCACUUUUUGUCCGAAAUCGAAUAUUUAAAUAAAAUCGAAUAAAACUCCUCUGACACUGCCCUCUAGAAAGACUCUUCAUUGAGAAAAUUACGCAAUGAAGAACCGAGAAUUCGAAGUAGUCGUUUUACUCACCAUCCGAGGUUCGUGUCGUUCCACUGAUAAAUGAAUGGCCACAAUUGCCGAUCACUUGACGGUAAUUACUCGCCAUAGUUUCUCACUGAAAUAACUGUAUAACUCGAUAUUAAUUUUCUUUUAUAUGGCGAUAAAAUACACGAGAAACGCAAUUGUUAUUAAAA